AUGGGUUUGUAUAUAAUGAGAUCAUUUAUUUCUGGUACAAGAAGAUCUGCUCAAUCUAUACAGGAGAUCUAUCCAAGAAAAAUUCUUAAUAAUUACAUGAAAUUACAAACUACACAAAAGUCAUCUCUUUUUUAUAGGGAUUUACCCGUCAUAGAGAUGCACAGAGGAAUGAAACAAACUUUUACAUAUAUCGAUGUUCCUCUCAACAAGAGAUUGAACGUUAUUCCGGUUUGUCUCCAUUUUUGCGAAACUAUUCCUCGAGCAAGGUAGUUGAUAAGUCAUCAAAGGAUUUGUGUGAAUAAUGGAAUGGUAAGCAUUACUCAUUUAAAACUUAAAGUAUCCCAUGGUGAUCCAAUAUUUUUUCAAGAAAAUUAUGCGAAAUAUCAGUGGGGAGAAAUAAUGAGAUAUUUCUGUAUCGAAAUAUUAGUUGCAAAAAUGUUAGGCAAAUUCCCGGAUCACCUGAUAAGAAUGUGGAGAAGAACAAAAACAGAAUGGUUCCACCUACUCAAAACUACGUGCCACAACCUACUAAAAUCCCAGUUUUUGCAAUAGUUGUAUUCUUCUAUGCAAGAAGAAGACUUAGACAAAUGUUUUUGGAGUAUCAGUUCCUUCAUUGAGCACAACAAAAUGAAGAGGAAUUCGGAUCAUUUCAAAUCCAUAUUCCUAUCAGAGAAGGAACAAGAAAACCGUCUUAUUGUUAAUAAAAGUAAUUUAUAUAGUAAUUCGAUUUUAUUGCUACAGACUUUUUAA